AUAAAACAAUUAGAAGAUUAUUUACGUAUAGAAUUAAAUGACAAGAUCAAACUUAAAAUAAAACUUGAAAAUCCACUUGGUAUAGCUGAACGAAUAUUUGAUAAAUAUUUAGCAAUUGUUCAUGAAAGAAAACAAAUUCUUGUUGAUGAUGAACAAGUACUUUUUGUUUUACAUAGUGAUGUUGAUGAAUAUCGUCGACAAAUGUUAGAUGAUUUUAAACUUCAAUUAAAUAAAAUUGAUAAUAUUUUUUUUCGUAUGAUUGAUAAUAUGGAAGAAUUUUUACUUGAAUAUAUUCAAAUUUCACGUCUUAUUCCAACAUUAUUUAGUACAAGUAGUUCAUCAGAAUUAAAAGUUCAAUUUAAUAAUCGUGUUAAUAAAAAUAUUGAACAAGAUAUUAAUCAAUGUAUAAGUCAUUUAUGUGAUUGGCUUGUUGAAAGAUCAAAUCGAACUGUUCAUCAACUUAAUAAACAUCUUAAUACGAAUUCAAUUCAUUCACGAAGACAACAACAAAUUAUUAAAUAUACGAGUAAUAAUAUGACAUCGGGAGUUGAUGCAGAUUUUUCAUUAUCCCGUCAACAAAUAUUGAAUCAAUUACAAACACAAUGUCAAAAUAUUCUUUAUAAACAAAAAACAGCAACUGGUGCACAAGCAGAUGAUCUUUCUGCAUCAGUUCGUGCAACAAUGUUAGGAACAGCAGCUAUUGAAAUAGGAGCUGUUGGACUUGGUGCUUUAGCUACAUUAGCAUCAUUUGAUUGGACUGGUCUUUUAGGUGCUGGUUUAAUUGGUAUACUUGGUUUAUAUUUAAUACCAAUGCGUCGUUUAACCAUAAAACAAGAAAUGAAAGAUCGUAUUGAUAAAACACAUAUAGAUCUAACUGAACAAUUAAAAAAACAUUUUUUACAUGAAUUAGACAAUAAUGAACGUAAAAUGCGUGAAUUGAUUAUGCCUUAUACUCGAUUUGUACAAGAUGAAGAAGAAAAAUUAAAGAAAACUACAGAACAAAUCGAAACUGUUCGUAAACAAAUUAAACAAUUAAAAUUAGAUAUUCAAAUAUUAUUAUCACAAAAAGAAAAGACAGAAUAA